AUGACGUCUAUCGCACUACCGACCGCCAUGAAAGUUGUCCACCAACCAGACCCAAAAUCGAUCGAUUUGGUUCUCGAAGAUGGACCACUGCCUCAACCAUCUCACCCAGAAGACUGCAUCGUCAAAGUAUACGCUGCCACGCCCUGUCUAAAUGAGCUCCAUUGGGAAGUGUGGUUUCCUUCAGUCUUCAGCCCUGGUCGAGAACGCGUACCGUGUACAGAGGCAGCCGGAGUCAUAGCACAUAUCCCGGACGCCGGGUUAGCCAAAUCAUUUGGGUUCAAGGUCGGAGAUGAGGUAUUCUUCCGCAUUAACCCUUCGCAGACUGGGAAUCUGCGUGAAUACACCUUGGCUCGGUUGUCGCAAAUUGCACAUAAGCCUAAAAAUAUGAGCUGGGUCGAGGCCGGCGCAACUCCUCUAAGCGCACUCACGGCGUGGCAAGGCCUCUUCCAACAUGGCAUUUUAGAUUCUGGCGCAAUUUCCGGGACUGAUGAGACUGUUAGGGAUAAUAAGAAUGAGAAUCUUAAAGUUCUCAUAACAGGAGCAUCAGGGGUGGUAGGCAGUUUCGCGGUCAGAUUCGCAGCGCUUGCCGGCGUCAGUCAGAUUAUCGGUGUUGCGAGUGGUUCAACGGCCGACUUUGUGCAACAGUUAGGCGCAUCGGAAAUAAUCGAUUACAGAAAGCAGAGCAUCUCUGAAUGGGUCGCGCAAGACCCGGCGAACAGAGAAGUUGACCUCGUCCUUGAUUGUGUCGGCGGAAAAACAUUGUCGUCGUCCUGGUCUGCUGUCAAGAACGGCGGAGUUUUACUCAGUGUCGCAGGUGACCCAGUUGAAGCAAAACCCGAAUCUUGCGACAAGAAGCUCCGGGAGGCUAAAUGGUAUCUUGUCGAGCCAAAUGGAAAGCAUCUUCAAGCCAUCUCUAAGCUUAUUGAAGCUGGGAAGUGCACAACAAAGGUGGAUAGUGCUGUGGACUUUGCCGACUUCCAGAAAGCGUUUGAUAAGGUUGAGAGCAAGCAGGCGAAGGGAAAAGUCGUUAUCAAAGUUGUAAGCUGA